AUGGAUCCCCGGCUGCUGGCGCUGCUCCCGGCCCUGGCUGCAGGCGGAUUCCUCAGCGCUCCCAGCGCUCCCGUGCUCGGCAUCGUCGGGGAGCCGGUGCUGCUGCCGUGCCGGGUGGGAGCCGCCCUGGCUGCCCGGGAUUUCUCCAUCCAUUGGACGUUCCAGGCCGGCCGAUCCCGGUGGAUCCCCGUGCGCAGCUCCGGCGGGGAGGAGCCGGACGGGCGGUACCGGGGCCGGGCCGAGCUGUUCCAGCGGGAAUUCCACACCGGGAACGCGUCCCUGCUCCUGCGCGACGUCCGCAGCUCCGACCAGGGCUCCUACGGCUGCCGGGUCUCCGUCCGGGAUGAGUCCUGGGAGGUGAUGCUGGAGCUGCAAGUGGCAGCCAUGGGCGAAGCUCCGGCGCUGAUCCUGCGGGGCCGCGAUGGCCGCGCCCUGCGCCUGUCGUGCCGCGCCUCGGGCUGGUUCCCGCGGCCGGAGCUGCUCUGGCUGGACGGGCGCGGCCGCGUCCGCCCGGAGCCCUCGGAGGUCACGGCGAGCCCCGGGCCCGGGGGGCUCUUCAGCGUCGAGGGCUCGGUGCGGGUCCCGCCGGGGGCGGAGCCGGAGAUCGCGUGCCUGGUGCGGAACCGGCGGCUCAACGGGAGCCGCGCGGCGCGGCUGCGGCUGCACGUUCCAGAGGGGUUCCUGCCCUCGCUCUCGCUCUGGCUCCAGAUUUUCCUGGCGCUUUUGUUCCUGACCCUGGCGCUGAUUUCCGGAAUUUUCUGUCUGCUCCAGAGGAGCCACAAGAGAACUCUGAAGGCAGGCAAGGCAAAGCUGGAAAUGGAGGAAGACAAGAAGAGAGUGAAGGCGCUGCUGGAUGGAGAAAAAGCCAAGAAACGAGAAGCAAAAAUCCAAUUCAAGGAACGCUUGGGUCAGCUGAAAGCCGAGCUGGAUUUCUGGGAAGCGCGGAGCCACGCGGCUCCGGUGGCGCUGGACCCCGAGCCGCGGCUGCUGCCCCUCGGGGCCGCUCCGGCUCCGCUCCCGCCGGCGGCGCGGGUGGCGCGGGACGCGCUGGGAGCCGGGAGCCGCUACUGGGAGGUGGAGCUGGGCCGGGAGCGGGGCUGGGCCCUGGGCGUGCUCCGGGACCCCCCCGAGCCCCGGCACCCCCGGGACCCCCGCGAUCCCCCCGGUUCCCCGAGGCUCUGGGCCCUCUGCGCGUCCCAGGGCCGCCUCUUCUCCGCCAGCCGCGCUCUCGGGAAUCAUCCCCGGGAUCUCGGGAAUCAUCCCGGGGAUCUCGGGAAUCAUCCCGGGGAUCUCUCCGUGUUCCGGGAUCUCUCGGAUCUCUCGGUGUUCUCAGAGCAUUCCCGGGAUCUCUCGGUGCUCGGGGAGCAUCCCGGGGAUCUCUCGGUGCUCCCCGAUGAUCCCGGGCAUCUCUCGGUGCUCGGGGUGCUCCUGGACCGGGAGAAGGCGCUGCUGGAAUUCUACGAUGCGGAGCGGAGGCGGCUCCUGACCGGGAUCUCGCUGCGGGAUCCUCCGGGACACCGGGAUCCGCUGGCCGGGAUCGGCCCGGGCGUUCCCACCGGAAGGUUUUUCCCGUUCGUGUCCCGAGGGGAGGAGGGGGCGCCCCGGAUCCGCCCGGUGCCGGUGCCGGAGCCGCUCCCGGUGCCGGAGCCGCUCCCGGUGCUGGAGCCGCUCCCGGUGCCGGAGCCGCUCCCGGUGCCGUUCCCGGAGCCGCUCCCGGUGCCGGAGCCGCUCCCGGUGCCGCUCCCGGUGCUGGAGCCGCUCCCGGUGCCGCUCCCGGUGCCGGGGCCGCUCUGA